AACGGAAAGAAGUAAUUAUUCUUAACGUGGAACAUCCAACUUGGUCACCAAAUAGCACUUAUCCAUACACGUGUCUAAAUUUAAUUGAUAGAGAUCUACGGCUAUGAUCUAACCGCCUCAUAAUUUCUUAAAAAAAGCCCUAUAAAUAUACACACCUAUUCCUCCUCUCUCUUCUCAUCAAUUGAAAACCAAAAGUCAAAUACUUGUUCGGUCUUCCCCCACAUCUUCAGAGAGAAUCCAAAGAGAGCUUUCCAAGUUUACAUGGUUGAGCUAGACAUCCAGGUACCAUUAGCAUAUGACCCUUUCGCAGAAGCUCAAGACACAGAUGCACCAGGGACAAAAGAGUAUAUCCACGUCCGUAUUCAGCAGAGGAAUGGUAAAAAGAGUUUGACGACGGUCCAAGGUCUGAAGAAAGAGUACAGCUACGAGAAGAUUCUCAAGGAUCUUAAGAAAGACUUUUGCUGCAACGGGAACGUUGUGCAGGACAAGGUGCUAGGCAAGAUCAUUCAGCUUCAGGGUGAUCAGAGGAAGAAAGUUUCUCACUUUUUGGUUCAGACUGGGAUUGCUAAGAAGGAUCAGAUCAAGAUCCACGGGUUCUAGAUUCGGAUCGUUCGGUUUUAUCUUUCUCUUUUAUAUGCGAAUAAUAUUGUGUGAUCGAUCAUCAUUAGAGGUUUUUAAAGGGUCUUUUCUUUUGGUUUGAAGCUUUGGUUUUGUGGUUCUCUGUUUAAUAGCUGAAGUUGUGUGGGAUGUUUGAGUACUUCUGCAAUGAUAAAUUUUCGAUUGUUCUAUU